AUGUGGCAGCUUCGAGAAGAUCCGAAUUACUUCACAGAUGCUUGCUAUAGUGCGGUUGAGCACGAAGAUGCCCAAGUGACCGAUAAGUAUGGCAAAGCGCGCCCCAAUAUUGGAAAGAAAGAGUCGAUACUUUGGGAUCAACUCGACGCUUACGCCCGAUGCGUCGUUCAGCUCUUCUCUGACCACCCGGAAGGUGUGAGUAUGAGGCCGCUCGAACCUCCAGAGCUCGUGGAGGCUAUCCAGUCGUUUCACACGAUACUCGAACUUCUUAAAAGAGAUGUUAUAAUCGAAUUGAGGCAACUCUCAGCCAGCCCACAGCUUCGAUCGCAAUUUGUGCGAACUCCGCUCGUGUCCGGAUCACAUUUGUCAACUAACAACUUCAUGAAAGACCCGCCCAAGAAAGAGAUGUGUCUACUCCUUCAAGAUUUGUGUGGUGAUCUUAACAAGGUGAGCGAAGGUGUCCUAUCCUUCGUUGAGAUCCGAGUACAUCUUAAUAUAUUGAAGAUCUUAAAAAAGAAGCCCAAAGCACGAAAUCUGCUUCGUUCUCAGAUUGAAGAGGCUCUCACACGGCUCAUUAAAGCUAAAGUCAACUUGCGUGCGGCGGUGCCUUUACAAGUUUGGAACGGUGUGCUCACAAUGGCUAUGGAUACUGGAUUCAUUAUUUCACUAGACCUCGGCGACCCUUCAGACAAAAAGUUUGACUACCCUUGCUACCAAAGCAAGAGGAAAAAGAAGACGAUUGACGCACUACGCAAGGGAGAGGGUAAUCUGGACAGAUUUUGGAAAGGCUUUAACACAGAUUUCCGGAACCCCUCAGGAGUUGAGGACCAAGGGACGCUAUGCCGCCUUCCAGAAGAGCGUGGUGCAAUGCGUCGCACAAAGUCAUGGAUCGAUGAUCGUCCCGAAAGAAACAUCGGUCAUCUCUUGGCAGAAGAUGUCUUCGAAACCCAGCCAGUGUCUCAAGUCUUCCACGACCCGUCGACAGAAACCACAGGGAACUUGGACAAGCUUACCUUUACUUAA